AAGUAAACAUGAAGUUCUUCCUUUUUACCUGCCUUUUGGCUGUUGCUCUUGCAAAGCAUGAGAUGGAACAUGUCUCCUCCAGUGAGGAAUCUAUCAGCAUGUCCCAGGAAAAACAUAAGCAGGGAAAGAAUGUGGUCCUUCAUCCCAGCAAGGAGAACAUUUGUUCCACAUUCUGUGAGGUAUAUAUUGAUUUCACAUCGGUAGAAACCGCUGAAGUUCCCAGGGAGAAAGUUAAGGUUACUGUGGAAGAUAAGCAACACCUGAAACAACUGAGCAAAAUCAGUCAGUUUUAUCAGAAGUUCCCCCAAUAUAUCCAGGCUCUAUAUCAAGGUCCAACUGUUAUGGACCCAUGGGGUCAAGUUAAGAGAAGUGCCGUGCCCUUUAUUCCCACUGCGAUCAGACAGCAUCUCUCUACCAGUGAGGAAUCUGCCAGCUCCUCUCAGGAAGAAAAUCCAAAGAAGACUGUUGAUAUGGAAUCAACGGAAGUACCCACUAAGAAAACUACAUUGACUGAAGAAGAAAAGAAUCACCUAAAAUUUCUGAACAAAAUCAACCAAUAUUAUCAGAAAUUAACCUGGCCCCAGUAUCUCAAGACUAUUUCUCAGUAUCAGAAAACUAUGAAGCCGUGGAAUCACGUUAAGACAAAUGUUAUCCCCUAUCUGAGAUACCUUUAAGAUUCUUGAAUUAACUGCUUCCACUUGAUUAUGG